CUCCUGCUUCUCUCUCUCUCUCUCUCUAUCUACCUGCGUUUCGUCUUCCUCGCCCCAGCUCUGCUCAACCAUCUCAUCUCAUCUUAUCUCGAUUCAGAACUUUCCAGAACUGAUUCAGUGACCGGAGAAAGCUCCUCCACCAUUGCGCAGCCGAUGGCUCCUCCGACGUCGGAUCAGACUGCCGACGCCGGUACUCCAACCGGCGGAGGAGGAACAGAGUCGCAGAGAUCUCUCCCGACGCCGUUCCUCACCAAGACGUACCAACUCGUCGACGAUCCGGCAAUCGACGACGUGAUUUCCUGGAACGACGACGGAUCGAGCUUCGUCGUCUGGAACCCCACCGUCUUCGCCAGAGACAUCCUCCCAAAGAACUUCAAGCACAAUAACUUCUCCAGCUUCGUCCGCCAAUUGAACACUUACGUAGGAUUCAGAAAACUGGUGCCGGACCGAUGGGAAUUCUCCAACGACUGUUUCCGGCGGGGAGAGAGGCGCCUGUUGUGCGAGAUACAGCGGCGGAAGGUCCUGUCAUCGGCGCAAACUCCCUCCCCGACUCAGGUCUCGAUUAAGCAAUUCGCGUCUCCGUCGAAUUCGGGAGAGGAGCAGUUCGGCGGCGCUUCUGCAACCUCCUCCUCGCCUCUCACCGGGGCAGGAGGGCCGGCGGCGGAGCUGAUCGGUGAGAACGAGAGGCUCCGGAGAGAGAACAUGCAGCUGAGCAAGGAGUUGGUGGAGAUGAAGAAUCUCUGCAACAACAUAUUCUCCAUGGUGUCCAGUUACUCCGGUAGCCCCGGUUCUCGGAUCGCCGAGGAGGCGGCGGCGGCGAGCCCGCCUCCACCGCCGCUGGAUCUGAUGCCGGUAAAGCGGAGUGUGGACGAGUUGGAGGAGGCGAGGAUUUUCGGGGUGGCGAUUGGGGCGAAGAGAGGGAGGGACGGAGAAUCGACUAAUACAUCGGUGGCGGCAAUGGAGGAGGACGGAGAGACGGAGUUGCAGCUGCAGCCGCCGGGGGAGGUGGUGAAGUCGGAGCCGGGGGAUUGUCAGAACGGAGAGACGCCGUGGCUGAAGCAGUUUCACAGGGCGAAUCAGAGGGUGUGUAAUUAAUUAAUUUAACUCGUAAAUUAUAUCUGUUAGUUUUUUUUUUGGUUCUGUUGCGAAAAUUAGAAUUGGGGUAGAGAAAAGAGGAUAGAAGUUAGAACAGGUGGCGGAGAAGGGAAGGAAUAGUCGCCGGGGUGGGCGGGAACGGGAUCCGAGAAUCGGAACUGGGGAAUGGCACGUGCUGAAUGGGACCACGUGGCCUGCUUAAACAUGUGGGGCCGACUUCAGGAAGUUUCUCAUAGACUUUUAUUUCUUCUUCUUCUUCUCCAUUUAUGUUUCUACUAGUUUCUUCUUCUCUCUCUCGUCAGGAAAAGGAGAGGGGAGAAAGUGAUGGCGGGAAAAGAGGGAAAAGGUGGGCGUUUCUUUUUUUUCUUUUGUUGAUUAAUUAAUUAGUUCCUCAGAUUUUUUUUUUUUUUUUGCCAUAGAUCGGGAAUGAAAUAGAUAUUACAGGACGCUAGAAAACCAGACGCGACAGUCGACACAAUAUCGAGCUGUCGAUGAAAGGGCAUUAGAAGCCACUAAGUGGGCAGCCCUGUUGUACAACCUCUGCGUAAAAGUAUUAAUAAAGAAAUUAAAAGACACAGACGCCAAACAAAUCUCUUCCAAGAUCGCUCCACCUGUCGCAUGCGCCACAUCAUGAGAUUGAAUCAUAAUGGAUGGAUGCUUGUAUGGUCAAGGGAGAACUACGUGUCCCUACAAAAACAAACAAACACACAAGCGCCCAUAGUGGAGGACAACUAACCUCCACCGAAUGGACUUAAACAAGCCAUUGAGGCUUAGUCGGAUACUCCGAAUCAAAAGCUAACAAGGUCAAAAGAAAUACAUUUUUUAUUACUUUUUUUUUACAGUGAAGUUAAUGAAAAGUUUAUAAAUACGAGCAGUUAAGGAGAAUAAAUUAAAAGAUUUUAGAAUUAUAAUUCUGAAAAUAAAUAAAUAUUAAAAUUAGAGAGGAAAGAGAAAGAACAAGCGUAUCUGAAACGGAUCGCAGUUGGAAUCGCCUCUGGAUUUGUAACCGAUGCUCUGGAAUUGUAACCGUCGGACCCAAAACUGAAGCCUCCUAAAGUGUAACUGCCGGCUGUCGGGAUUCGCAUCGUCGGAAGCAACCUUGGGGACGCCGGCGUAAAGGUCGUCGCCUUGCGGGUGGUUGAUGAUGGUCCCGGGCCUGGGAUUAAGCUCGAUGUUAGCGAUAUCGUCGAACACGAACACCACAAUGUUCUCCUCCUUCAAUCCGCAAUCAACCCACGAUGUUCUUCUCCGCCUCUGGCCACUGCCACCAUGAGAUUGGUGCAAGCCCUGGUUUCCCAGAUCACGAAAACUCCAGAUAUGACGAACCUGAUACCCCGCCCGAGCUCGUCGAGAAUAGGCGGUUCUUCAUCGAAAUUAGCAGCGGAGGGAACGGGGCCUCCACCGAUGGCGCCGCUGCCGUAGGAGGCGGUGGGAGCGGAGCCGAUCUCGAAUGACAUGAAAGGGAUUCCGGCGUUGGAAGUGCGAGGAGGGAACGGCGCCGUGGGGACUCGCCGCUGCUGCAUAUUGGCUCCGCCAGUGACAAUCGGAUUGCCGCCGGAUGGGAAGAUGACGGGUGGCACAUUGAAUUCCUUCGUCAUAGUAGCGGGGAGCAAAUCACGAAGGCAAAGUGAAUCGUGACUGUGAUCGGCGAUUGGGGGAUUCAGAAACUUCUCUGAUGCGGUUGUUCCUCAGAUUUACGGAGAAGGAAGUUAAGUCGACUGGUUACGCCUGCUAAUGGGGCUUUGACUAAGCUUCUGCUUCUGCCAUCAUCAAGCACAUGACUAAAACAAACGGUUGGCGUGUUUGAUACCCCAAUGGACGACGUUUCAAGUAAUGAGGUUUUCUAUAAGAGUAUGAUAGUUCUUUGGUCAAAAUUGCAUUUGAUCUUUGUCUAAUGUUUGCUUUUGAUUGUGUUUGGUUAGUAUUUAUAAAGUUUAUG